AUGGUUAAUAAUUUUAAUAUACAAAUCAAUGAACCAUCAAAAGAAUCAUUAAUAGCAAUUAAUAAUAAUAAUAACACUUAUAAUAAUAAUAUUACUACUAAUUCAACUAUUACAACUAAGGAAGAAUUACAAAAACCAAGAACUAUAUUAUUAUCAUCUUCUUCAAAUUCAUUAUCACCUUUAACUUCAAAUCAAAAUAACAACUACAAUGAUACAAUAAAUUCUACUAUAAAUAAAGCAACUCAUUUACAUCCAAAACAUUAUUCACAUCAUCAUCAUACUAAUAUAAUUCCUAAAAAGCAACAACAAUCAAAUUUACUUGACGAUUUAAUAAAUAAACAAUCAUCAAAUUAUAGGAAAAUAAAAUUCACUUCCCCACAUUUACAUUCCCCUCCUGAAAAACAAUUAUAUUUUAUAAAUAAAGUAUCAUUUGAUGAUAUGAAUAGAAGAUUUGAUGAUGAAAGUGAACCAGAUUCAGAUGAUGAUGUUGGUUGGGAUUUAUAUAAUAUUAAAAGAGGUAGAAUUAAACCAAAACAAUUUAAAUCUCAAGAAAUAGAUAUAAAUUCUUAUUUAUCUAUUGGUUCUACUACUACUGGUGGUGGUUCUGGUGGUGGUGCAAGAAGAAAUUCAAUAAAUAUAGAUGAUUCAAAAUAUCUUAGUGGUGGUAGAAGAACUUCAAUAAAUACUGAAGAAAUUAAAUAUCCAAGAAGAAAUUCAACAAAUGUGGAUGGUGAAUUAUCAACUACUAAUAAACAAAAUGUAUUGAAAUUAGAUUCAUCACAAUAUAAUUUUUAUCAAUCAACACCUAUAUCCAAUAUGAGAAGUUUUUCAAUUACAAAGCAACAUAAAUUAUAUGAUAAAUUAUAUAAUAAUGAAUUAUUAAUUUCACCAGUUUUACAAAAUAGAACCAUUUUAAUAUAUAUAAGUUCAAGAAUUCAUACUUGGGUUGCAUUAGAUUGGAUAUUAAAAAAAUUUAUAGAAAAUGGAGAUAAAUUAAUAAUAGUAUCUACAAUUGAUCCAAAUAUAUUUGAAAAUCAAAAGAAAGAUAAAAAAAAAAGAAGAAAAAGUUCAAUAACACCAAUGACAAAUAUAAAUGAAAUACAAUUUGAAAAUGAAUUAGAUAGAUAUACAUAUAAAUCAUUACCAGAAAAUCUUAUUCAAAUUUCUAAAAAUUUAAUGUCAUACAUUACAAACAUCAUAGAUCCAAAUUUAAUAGUAAAAUUUACAGUUGAGUUAGUUGCAGGUAAAACAAAACAAGUUUUAAAAGAUAUGUGUAAAUUACAUGAACCAAAUCUAAUGUGUAUUGGAUCAAAACAUAAUAGAUGUGUUGGAGAACCAGUUUCAACAUUUAUAUCAUCAAAAUUAAGUGGUAGAUUAAUUAAAAUUUUCCCACUUCCAAUUAUAGUAGUACCAGCAGUAAAUAUGAAUGAAUUUGAAAUUAAUUUACAAAAUGAAAUAAAUCAUACUGAAAAAACUUCGGAAUUAAAAGUAGAAUCACCAUUAUUAGAAAGAUCAUUAUCUUCAACCACUACCGCAACAUCAACUUCAAAUUCAUCAAAUUCAGAAAAUGAAAUAAAUAGUAUUGCAUCAAGUAUAACAUCAACUGCAAAUGGUAUUGAUCCUCAGCCAUAUGAUUCAACAACGAUAAUUACUGAAAAAUAUACAGAUUAUAAAACAAAUUUAGAUUUAGAAUUAUCACAAUUACAAAAAACAAAUAACUUUGAUGAAAAUUAUUAUUCAAAUAUAAUAAAAACAAUAUCUGAUAAUUCUUUAAAUUUAUGUUCAAAUUUGAUAACUUUAAAAACAGAUAUUACAUCAAAUUAUGAGAGUUGUAAAAUUGCAAAAUUAAUAACUGGCUCAAGUUUAUUCGAAAAUGAUAAAAUUUACUCAACUAAAUCAUUAUUAGAACCACCAGUUGAAAAGAAAAAAGUAAUAAUUGUACCAAAAGAACAUAAGAUGUCAUUUAAAGAAGUUCGUGAACAACUCAAACAACAACAGCAGCAACAGCAACAAGCUCAGCAACAACAAGCUCAACAACAAGCUCAACUACAAGCUCAACAGCAACAAGAACAACAAGAAAUAUCAAGCCCCACCGGUUUAAAAUGGAGUCUUGGACUAGAAAAACCAAUCAGAAACUAUACAACAAAUAAAGAUCGAGAUUCAAGUAAUGGUUCAUUAUCAAUAAAAUCUUUUUCUGGUUCAAAUGCAAAUGGAGAAAGUUUAAGUAAAAAUUCAACAAAUUCAAAUGAAAAUGUUGAUGAUAUUUUACUGCAAAAACUGGAUCAAUUGUCAAAAGUUAGUUCUAUUGAUAAUUGUAUGAAUAAUAAUCAUAAUAAUUCAUCAAUAAGUAAUGGAAAAAUUUCUAGUAAUGGUAGUGAUAAGAAGAAGAAGAAGAAAUUUUGGAAAUUGUUUAGUAAGUAA